AUGGACGAGGUGAGCGCGCCGUCGGCCACGACCACCACAGCAUCGACCACCAGACGGAAGACCAGGAUGGGCUGCGGCGAGGAAAAUGGCGCGACGCUAGAGAUGCUCGACGGAUUGGUAGAAGACGACGCUCAGCGAGCCGAUCCGCGGAGGAGGAGGCAGGCGACUGCUAAGAGGCAACGCAUAGAGAAGCCGGUCGCCAAGAAGAAGCAAGGAGAAAACGAAGACGGCGACGGAGCGGAGGAAGAACAGGAAGAUGAGGAGGAAGAGGAGAUCGGACACAGCCUCCACCUGAGCGGUGGCGGCAACGGUGGCGACGGCGGCCGGAAGCGGCAGAAGCGUGCGAAAAACGUGCUCAACUUCAUAUCCUACGUGCCGCCCGCGCCGGCACCCAGCCGCAAGAAGAACCUCCACACCGCACCCCGCCUCCUCGCUUGGUUGCGGGAAAACUUCGAAGCGGUGCGCGGGACGUCGCUGGCCAAGGACGAGGUCUACGGCGAGUACCUGACCUUCUGCCAGGCCGACGGCAAGGAUCCCAUGCUUCCUUCCAUGUUCGGCAAGAUGGUCCACCGCGCCUUCCCCGGACUCAAGAGCUCCCGCACCGGCGCCAAGGGCAAGGCGAAGCAUUGCUACAAGGGAUUCCGCGUGCGUGCACCGGGCGGCAAGCCCAGGAUGACGGUCUCCAGCACGGUCUGCGACGAUGAAGAAGAGGAGGAAAUCGUGGAAGAAGCCGAGUGUGACGAUGACGAGGAGUUGUCGUCGACUCGCUCUUCUAGCACCACGAUGCCGUCGUCGUCAUCAUCGUCGAUGCGCCCCACUACCAUUCCCUCGGGCUCGUCCUCUUCCUCUUCUCCCUGUUCAUCUCCCGACCGAGCCAACAGACCCGCGCUAGGGCGCCGUCAAGUGUCGCCCGGCGGCGGUCGGCUCAACUCAUCAUCGCCCAGCGACGGCUACUUCUCAUCGCCGGCAUCGGGCGCGGCCCACCUGGGGCGCAUCGCGUCGUCACCGUCGCCGCUCACCGGCUGCGCGCCGUCGCCUCCCUUCGCCCCGUACCUGAUCCAGCAUCAUCAGCGCGUUCUCGGCGAGCCGCAUUCGUUCCUCGACAUGCUCCAGACGCCGUCAGUGCCGGCCGACUACUCACUCCAGCACCAGCCGCCACCGCACCCUCAGCACAGUCUCCAUCACCACCAACUUAUGCGCUCGCACCACGUAGGACCGCUGCAGCGCCCGACCCACCACCAGCUCCAGCGCCAGCACUCGGGUCAGCCGCCGACGCAGAAGUACCCGCCGCACCACCCGGCCUCGGGCAUGCCCCUCCCGCACGCCUACUCGCCCAGCUUCCCCUACGUCCCACCGCACUACAUUAGCCCGCCCACCCCGACCGGCAAGUCCUCGCCGUCGCCGCCCUCCGCCACCGCCCAGCAACCGCCGGCACCGGCCAACUGCUCCUCGACCCAGCAGCCGCAGCAACAGACACUGUCGCCGGCCCAGCAGUCGCAGCAGCAGCAGGAGGACCAGGCUGGACCGGCUUCGCCGAUCGACUGCGUGCCGUCGCCGACGUCAGAGUUCUUCUUCCCGCCCUACAUCAGCCCGCUGUCCGUGCCGCUGCCCUUCCUGCCCUCCUUCUCCUUCUCACUGCCGCCAGUCACUCCGCCAUCUUCGUCGUCGUCGGGAGGCGCCGGCCGCGGGUCUGUCAAGGGCACCGAUCAUCGCGACAUCGACGACCUGGGGCGCGACGGCUAUCACUCGUACUCAGACUCGUCGUCGACUGCGUCUUCCGCGUCGUCGUCGCCCGCGCACGACGCCAGCCUCUGCUACGAACGAGAGCACACCGCCUACGCGCAGCCUGAGGAUGGCGGGUUUCGAAUGCUCCAGCAGCACUACCAGCAGCCUCUGCCGCAGCAGCAGCGACAUCAACUCCAGCAGCAGCAGCGACAUCAGCAGCAGGGCUAUCCUCCGGACCCGCCCCAGGAGCAGCCAAAUAACGGCCACCGCAACUGA